AUGACCAACUUGGGGGCUACGGUGAAGAAUUUGGAAGUACAGAUUGGUCAGAUAGCAACUGCAAUACAGUCUCAACAAAAAGGACAAUUUCUCAGUGACACAGAGGUUAACCCACGAGAACACUGCAAUGCUAUCACCCUAAGAAGUGGUAAACCAGUUGAAGAACGCAAGCUUAGAGAGGUUGGGGUACCUAUAUCGGAUCCCAUUCUUGCAAGGGAAAAGCAAACUGAAGGGCAGAAAAUAGAGGUAGAGGCAACAAAGAAGAUUUAUAAGCCUUACUCAAUUUUAUUUCCAGACAACCCACCUAUCUUGAAGCCCCCACUACCAUUCCCGCAGAGGUAUUUGAAGAAGGAGUUUGAUGAAAAAUUCGCAAAGUUUUUGGAGGUCUUCAAGAAAAUCCACAUCAACAUUCUCGUUGCAGAAACCUUGGCCCAAAUGCCUAACUAUGCCAAGUUCUUAAAGGAAGUGAUGUCAAAGAAGAGAAAGUUGGAGGAAUUUGAGACUGUUAAGCUGACAGAGGAGUAUCUGGGCAGCUUCAACAUCCCAUGCAAUAUUGGUGGUAUCACAUUUGAUAGGGCACUAUGUGACCUUGGAGCUAGCAUAAACUUGAUGCCCUUAUCAGUGUUCAAAAAGUUGGGUCUUGGAAAAGUAAAUCCCACAACCCUUACCUUGGAACUGGCGGGUAGAUCGAUCACAUAUCCCAAAGGCAUUAUUGAAGAUGUGUUGGUGAAGGUUGAUAAGUUCAUCUUUCCGGUGGACUUUGUGGUAUUGGACAUGGAGGAGGAUGAGAAAGUACCAUUGAUUCUUGGCCGAGCUUUCUUGGCUACUGGAAGAGCAUUGAUUGAUGUACAAGAAGGAAAGUUGACACUACGAGUUAAUGAAGAGCAAAGAAACAGAGAAAAAAGGGAAUUAUUUUAUGAUCCGUUGGUGCAAUACAUGGAAAUUAAUUACUCAACAAUGGAUGCAUCUACUGAUGGUAAUGACUCAGAGCUAAAGAAAGCAGUGGAUUUCAUCUUAGCUCAAGAAGCUGACCCACCUGACAAAAAAAGAGCUAUGUAG